AUGAAUUCGUUCAGACUAGGCGGAGCACCCCCUCCCACGCAGAACAGCGGUCCGAAACCACGUCACGCACGUUCUCACUCUCGUAAUGGGUCGGUUUCUGUCCCCCUUUCUUUCCCUACGCCAUCUGUGGCGACAACCGAUGAGCCUCCUUCCCCCACUCGCACAUCGGUGUCCUCCAAACGCAGCUCCCAUCAUCGCCGCCGCUCUUCGGUGUCGACUCGUAGGGAAUCUGCCGACAUGAUGGGUGUCUCGCUACCCCAUAUCCCGCAAUCUGUUUCAGACGACAACAUCAACCUCGGCGACAAAGACUCUGUUCGUCGACGGGCACUGUGGGCAUUGGAAGGCAAGACCGAUGUAGGGUCCUUCUCGAAGGUCGAGAUCCCCGAGUUCGAUGCAAAGGAGCCCAGCAUGCGUGCGUUCGAGUUUCCCAGCAAGCCAUCAUUUCCGCCUGGCACCGGCAACAAGCGCGAGUCAUUUGGCAAGCUCAUGGCCUCGGCCUCGGCCAAGGAACAGUUGGGCACGCUGGUAGAGGAAGAGGAGGAGGAGGAAGAGCAAGCACCUAUAUCGGCAUCCUCAGUGGAGGUUACCGUGACCUCGCCGUCGCCUGCACCUGUGAGGCACCGGCCAGCAAGCCUCAAUUUGCGUCCUCUCUCCCUUGCGAUUGGCAGCGUCGUGACUGGUGAUCUCCCCACCCCCACCCCGACGCCCUCGCCGAGCCCCGGCGCACGUUCUGGCCUCCGUUCACUGACCUUGGCUUCCAAGCGCCAGUCGCUGAACCUCCCGUCGGCGCCUUCGCCGUUGUCGGGCGCCCCUGCACGCCGGCCGUCUCUCAACCUGGACCUCAACAUGGAGCACCAUCAGUCCUUUCGGAACUCGCAGUUAUCGCGACGUUCUAGUGUCUCCUACGUGUGCUCGACGGACACAGCCCCGCAAACCAUGAUUGGCCUGCCGACGCCCGAGAUGACGCCUACGAGCGCAUCCUCGCGCACAAAGGAAGACAUGGAGUCCUUUCUUGCGAGCCGGUCGACCCGGCCCCUCUCCACGAGUGAACAGCAUUUUCUCUUUCAGGCCCAUACAACGCUUGUGCAGCGUAUCUCGGAUUUGGAGCGAGCACUGUCCUCUCGCAGCAGCCGGUCCUAUUCACGGCCCGUGUCCUAUGCCUCCGACUCGUCCGCCGUGUCUACAGUGAGCAGCGAGCCGAGCGACGAGAUGCUGUCGCUGAUCGCGGACCUGAAAGCGGAGCGCGACGAGCUCAAGAGGGACGUCGAUGGUUGGCGGAUGCGCGUGAGUGACCUCGAGAAGCAGAUUAGCCUGUACGCGAAGCGCAUCGAUGCCGAGCGUCGGGACGCGUGGGUCGCUCGCCAGCGUGUUGGUCUCCUGGAGGUGGAAAGGGCCGGUCUUGAAGAGGCCCUCCAAGCCAAGACUGCUGAAGCCAAGGGCGCGGUCGAAGAGCUAGAGCAGGUCAAGACGGAGAAGACCGUUGUGGAGCAGGAGGUCGAGCGCUUGAAGGCGGAGCUAGAGCGCAUGUCCACCGCGCAGAACGAGUGUGUGCGUCUGCAGGGCGAGCUGGACGAGGAGAGGAAGAAGCGGGAGGAGAUUGAGAGGGAGCUGGAGCAUGCUGGCCUUAUGAACACUCCCCGGGCGUUUGAGGUCCCUGCGGCUAUGUCGCGGACGAUGAUGUUUGCUAGGAGCCGCGGCCUCGGUUUCCAGUCGAUCGAUUCGGAGGGCUCAUUCACCGACGUCGAGUCUGUGGACAGCCCGAGGGACAAGCUCGAUUUUGGGUUGAAGGCUGUUGCGGAGGAGGAUGAGGAGACGCUGUCUAACAUGUCGGAGGAGGACGAGCUCGCGAGGUUCGAAGACGAAGAAGAGGGCGAUGAUGAUGUGUUCCCCCAUUCCUUGACCACGUCCUCCUUCGGUUCCGUGGCGGAUGACAACGAGCCAGCGCCUCAGCUAGAUGAGGUCCCUGAGUUGACGCGUUCUGCGUCAGCGACGCCCUCGCCCCUGCCAACCCCGAGUGCCACGCAGCAAGUACACUCCCGCCAUGUAUCGCUCUCGACCACUUGGACUUUCCCGACGUCUGGGGCCGUCGUCACGGUUUCCCGUGUCGACGAGAUUGACCGUUUCUUCGGAUGCCUGGAGGAUGUCGACAACUCUCCUCCCAUGGAUUCCCGCUUGCGCUCGCUCGAGAGUGGCAAGACGCUCUUCUCGCAGGCUCUGGCGCAGGCGGACGACGAUUUCCCGCCUUUCUUCAUCCCUGCUGAUGUAGGUGUUGAGGUUACCCCAGAGUCGCCGAAGCGCGAGCUGGACAUUGUCAUGGAGGAAGAGGAGGAAGAGGAGGAGGAAGAGGCUGUGCAGCCUGAUGCUGAUGAGGAGUUUGUCGGCGAAGUUGACGAGGGUGGGAUCAAGUUCACCUUCGAGAUCCCGCCUGAGUUCCAGGUUGUCCAAGAGCCGGAACCCACCCCUGCGCCAUCGACUCCUGCGCAGAAAUCUUCGCCUGCCGUGCAGACGCCUGUCGCCGAGGAAGCUGACAGCUCUUUCAGGUUCCCUCAGACGCGGGCGGCGAACGCAUACCCCUCGCCCUCAUCAAUCCCGCGCCUUGCGUCGGCCAAGACGACUGGUACUCCGAAGUCGCCUGUGCUCCCUGCGCGCAACACCAACAUUCCGAGCCCGUUCCAGACUCCCCCAGCGAAAUGUGGCGGGGCGUCGCCGACGUUUAUUCCCCAGCCUCGUAUCAAGAGCCCGCCUCUUUCCGCAAGCAAGACUACGUCUUUCAUUCCGCAGCCGCACCGCCCCUCUCCGGCGUCUGUCAAGCCCUCCGGCAUUCCCGUUAUGAGCCCUUCCAGUACGCGCCUCCCCAGCCUGAUGUCAGUCAUUGUUUCUGACGGAGUUCGCGUCGCGUAG